CCGUCAUGUUAGGGUUUCAUCUGUUUACUGUAGAGGCUAUAGCCUCAGGUCAGAAAGCAAUAGGAAGGAAGGCUGCAGAAAAUCAGAAAGUCGAGUUAAGAUUUAACAACAAAUAUCUAAGUUUUUACAAUAGAAAAUGUCUGAUAAAAAGGCUGGGGAAACCUCUGAAAGGAAACCAUCAAACAACAAGAAUAUUAGGAAGCUGCGAGCUGUGAGCAUGGUGUGCAGCCUGACUAGCAGUUGGCAGCAGUGGGUGGUGGAGAAUGAGAAGAAGCAAGCCAGCGAGCCCACUGGAUGGGCUCCGUCUUCUCUCCAAGAACUACCCGAGGAACCAAAGAAGACGUGGACCCCCAAAAAGCCUCCUUCUACCCCAACUUUCUUAACUCCAGAGAAGCUUGCAGAGACUCCAGUGUCACCAUCUAAAGGAGCAUCCAUAGAUGAGGACAUCAAGAUCUCAGAGGAGGCCCAUCUUGCAUCUCCCAUCAAAACAAAGCAGGUGGUGAAGACUGUAUCCGGCAGUGUUCAGGAGAAAGGCACAGGUGUUAGCCACCUGGCUGAGAAGAUCAAGAGGGACUCUCUUCCACCCGAUGAAGAGAUUGACCGACUGCUAAAGAAGAAGAGCUCCCCAACGCGCCGCAGGAAGUGCUCCAACAUGGUGUCUUCUUUGACAAAAAGCUGGAAGCAAAUUGAGAAUGACAGGAAGGCUGGAAAAGAAGGAGGAGAUGGUCUCAGCUGUGGGCAAGGAGAGAAGGAGAAGGACAGACCAAAGGACCAGGAUGUUCAGACAAACAAUAUGUCUGUCUCAAAAUCCGGGGAGCAAAGUGACUCUGAGGAGGAAUCUGUCAAGAUAAAAAGACCCCAAGUCUCAGUAUACAAAAAAGAAGCCGAGGAUGCCAACAAAAUCAAUGCCCUUUCUAAGAAGCACAGUGCUGUUGGAAACCUGAAGAGCCGCUGGCAAAACUGGGCCGUGGAGCACACAGUUAACCAGAAACUGAACCCAUUCAGUGAAUACUUUGACUAUGAUUACUCCAUGUCGCUAAGACUGCAGAAGGGUGAGGAGGGCUACGGACGUCCAAAGGAAGGUACAAAGACCGCAGAGAGGGCCAAACGAGCCGAGCAGCAUAUCCACCGUGAGAUAGACGACAUGUGCUACGUGAUCAGGACUAUGGCUGAUCCAGAUCCGGACGGGAAAACCCGUGUCACAUUUGGACAGCUUUUUGACAGAUAUGUCCGGAUUUCUGAUAAGGUUGUGGGGAUUCUGAUGAGAGCCCGGAAGCACGGAAAGGUGGCGUUUGAAGGGGAGAUGCUGUGGCAGGGCCGGGAUGAUGGAGUCAUUAUUACUCUCUUGGUCUGACACUUUCACCUGAUGAUGCUGAAGCUUCAGACACUUAAAAGCUUGUUGGAGCCAUCACUGCAGAUACCUCAAGAAGACAUUUGCUGCUAUUCUAAGAUACUCCAACUUGAUUUUUAUUCUUUGUUGUGUUGUUGAGAUUUUCUAAGACUUAUUUUGGAAAAACUUGGAAAUACUCCAAUGCUUUUACACCUGACUUUAGGAGGAAAGGUCAACAUUUAACCUCUGAAAUCUGUGUUUAGAGUACUUUGAACUGAAGACUCAUUAGACCUUUGCACUUUAUUAACAGCUUUCAACACUAGGGAUAAAUGUCAUUCUUUUUAUUGCAACUCUCUCACCUUUUAUGUUUAUGUGGGUAAUAACUAGUUACAUUCACUCAAGUACUUUUUCAACAAUUUACUUUAGAGAAUAGUUUUUCUCCAACAUACGUUUUACUUGAAUGAUAUUAUUAUGAUGUAUCACUAUUUUUACUUGACGGAAAUCUUUGUCUGUUCUAACCAGUGGGAUUCAUUUCAGUGAAAGAAGAGCAAAGCUAGUUUGAAGCAAAAAGGUUCCAGACACACAGUUAAGGUUUGCAUCAAAAUUGAUAUAGAUAUAAAUGUUCUAACAUGUAUUCAACACAUACUGUUAGAGUUUUUUUAGAAUUUUAGAAAAUGUUUCUUCUGGAUAAAUCAGUUAUUUUGCAAUUAUGCUAUUUAUUUUAUAUAAAUAUACGUACUUGAACAUGCUUAUUUAAAAAUGAAAAAAAGGUAAAGACAUAUUGAAUAAAUGAAUGAAGUCAUCUCAGACAGGGCACGGUUCAAAUCCCAACCCUGUUCAUGUAUGGGCUUUCACGAAAAUCAUAACUACUAGGUUGAUUGGUGGGUCUAUAUGCUGCUUAGGUGUUAGUUUGUGUAUAUGAGUUUGUAUUUAUGUGUUACCUUGCCUUUUGUCUCACUGAUCUAAUCAAGUCUGUUCUUUAAGCUUAAAGAGUUUUAUGAAACAAAAAAAAUGAAUAAAAUGUAUAUUUGCAUUUGACUGGUGGAAAUUCAAAACCAUCCACUCAGACAAACUAAGACUAACUAGAAUACUACAGUAUAGUGAACUGUGGUCAUGUGAUCACAGUGAUAACUCAGUUUUUAAGUCAUCAUUUUAAAAAUGUGUUGAAAUGUAAUAAAACUCCAUGAUCUGUUCCAGGGCCAUCA